AUGAUCUUACAAGAUUUUCAGACCCUUCAGGGAUCUGCCUUGAUUAUGUACAUAGAUGAUUUGCUGGUUGCUUCUACAACCUCUGCGGCUUGCAAAACGGACACCUUAGCCCUGCUUAUCUACUUGGCUGAAAAGGGGCUUAAGGUUUCACCUAAAAAACUCCAGUUUUGCCAAAAUAAAGUGACCUACUUGGGCCAUGCUAUCUCCAAAAAGGGCAGAGAGGUUUUGCGCACACGACUGCCUGAGUGCUUGCGCUCUGUGACAGCAGCGGCCCUUCUGGUAGAAAAGGCUCAAGCCCUCACGCUGGGUCAUCAAACUUUCCUCCAUGUCCCCCACUCUGUUGAAGCAAUCCUCUCUGUCCAUAAGACCCAGCACCUCUCUGUGCGGAGACAGACAUCUUAUGAACAGGCCCUUCUUUCAAACCCCGCUAUCUCAUUGGGCAGAUGUGAUCUUUUGAAUCCUGCUACUCUGCUUCCUUACUCCGAUUCAGAGGAGAUUGAACAUGAUUGUUUGGAGGUUAUUGAUCAGGAUAUGCGUCCUCACCCCGAUAUGAAAGACACCCCCAUAUCUAACCCGGAUCUAAUCUUUUUCACAGACAGCUCCUGCUACCAAGAUGCUAACGGAACGCUUCAUUCAUCUUACGUGGUAGUUUCUCCUGCCUCAAUUGUAGAGGCUUAUCUCUUGCCUGGGGUACGAUCAGCUCAGACAGCUGAGCUUGUGGCGCUUACACGAGCUGCCACUCUAGCUUCUGGCUCAUCCGUUAACAUUUUCACUGACAGUAAGUAUGCAUUUGGCAUCUGCCAUGCUACAGGUCGACUCUGGAAGCAACGUGGAUUUCUUACUUCCACAGGGUCCUCUGUAUCACAUGGACAUUUCAUUGCUGCCCUUCUUGAUGCCAUCCAACUCCCUUCUGAAAUCGCAGUCGUCCAUUGCAAAGCCCAUACCGGCCAGUCUGACUUUGUCUCUAUUGGAAACGCUUCUGCUGAUCAUGCGGCAAAAGCUGCAUCUGCUCUCUGUCCUUUUCAACUUCUUUCCACUUCCGAGCUCGUUCCUCUUGAUGCAUCUGUUCUUAAAAACACUCAAAAAUGCGCGCCAAUGGACGAGGUACAGCUCUGGGAACAGGAGCAAUGA